GCAGUGCGACCACCGUCUCCGGGGGUCACACGCGGCCACGGCGCGAGACCCCGCGAGGUCGCGCGGAUCCCUCCCGGGGCGCGUGACACGAGAGGGCCCCACGAGAGGCUCCUCGCUGGCCGGACACUUCUCGCGGGGCGCGUGACACGAGAGGGCCCCACGGCGGCCUUCGCGAUGAGCGACAACCGGUAUCGCAACCCCGCGCUGAUGAGGGUGGCCAAGGGCGUCCUCCUGGCCGAGUUGCUGGGCCUGGUCGGGGUCUACUGCCUCUACUUUAAGAUGGACGGAAGCCAAGACUUCAGGUACAAGGUGCACAAGAGGGUACCUCUCGUCCUAGAAGCUUAUUACAAAUCAAACGAGUGGUCGGGCAAGGAGGGCCAGAGACUGUUGGACCAGUAUGCUUGGCUGGAGCAGGGGAAGCGCGACCGCUAAGCCACCCUUACAGAUGCACAUCCAGACCUUCUCCAGGGCUCACUCUGGCUCCAUCGGCCAUCCUCCUCGGACACUGGCAUUGCCAAUCUACUGCUUUCGUGCGGAUGUACCAGUGUCUGCGGAUAAUGGCGGGCAGCACUUUGAACCACCACUAAGCGGGUGGAUCACCCACUUGGCAUCUCGCCAGACGCCUUUGCUUGUGGUGGGACAAGUGCCAAGGCAGCUGCUGCUGCAUCCCGACAUGAAGAGCACGAGUGUACAGCCUUCAGGCCUAGUGUGGCUCCAGGCUUGUUGUGCAGUCUCCAGCCUCACCCAUAUUGUUCUAUCCCUUAAUCACUUCCUCCCCUGACGACCAGUACCACCCUGUGUCGUGCUCAUCCCGUACAGCAAUGGGUCCUCCAUGCACAGCAUGGGUUUUCCCUAUGUUGUCUUAAUCGUCUGUGUGCGACUCGUACUAAGAUGAUACGUAAUAUUGCGCGCUGUAAAUUACAGAAUUAAAUAAAACGCUUGCCUACG